AUGCCAAAAGUUGUGUCCAAAAGCUUUGUGGUCUCAGACACGAGAGACAAGGAAGAAUAUAAUGACCUGAGCUCGAAAGUAUACGUUUACUACUGCCUUUGUGGACAGCUGGCUUUAAUUCUAGACACCACACUAGAACACCUUCCUUUGAGAAAGUUAGACCACGCUCGAGUCAUCGAUGCGAAGGCGCAUGCGUAUAAAUUGAGUUGCGUCGAGGGUGAUGAGAUAUUUCUGAAACGAGAGAAAGGGGUCGAGCGACAGUUCCGGCAGAAAUGUAAAAAUUGCAGCCUGUGGAUGUUUUAUAACCAUGUUAAGAAAGAUCCUAAGGUGACGUUUAUUGUUGACGGGGCGUUGGUUUUACAGAAAGAUACGGGUAAGUAUGUUUACCAGAAGAGGUUAAGGCCACGCCCAUCUAGGCUGAUGCAAUAUUGAAAAAAAUUGAUAUCGAAAAAAUACUGAUAAUAUCAUUUUGUCAACUUGCAUAUAUACCUCAUCACAAAGCUACAUUGAGACAAAUGUCAUCAUUUUCAUCGCUUUUCUUAACCCAUUAAGCUGCAAAGCUUCCCCAUUGGCAAGUAAGAUUGUCUGGCGUUAGACAAGUAAAAAAAUAAGUAGGGCGCAUUGCGGCUCAAUGGGUUAACUAGAGACAUUGUCAGAUAUUUUGGUUAACCCAUUAAGCUGCAGAGCUUCUCCAUUGAAGAGUAAAAUCGUCUGGUGUUAGACAAGAAAAACUAAGUAGGGCGCAUUGCGGCUCAAUGGGUUAAUAAAAUGUUCGAUAUUAUUAUUUUCAAUAUGCAAAAAAUGGAAUAUCGAUAUUUUGAAAUAUCUAAAAUACAUGAAAUAGUGUUUUGCAGACCCUAAAAAUAACAAAAUUCUCCAGGCGACCAUGAUUCUUGUCAAUCCUGCUGAUUUUUUGUCAAUAUUUCAGACGAAAAGAAUCAAUUACAAAAGAAAAAAACCAAGAAAGUUAUGAUGACAAAACGUACAAAGGAAUUCGGCAAGUUCAGUUCUGUUACUGUGUCGACAGUCGACGAGGAAGAAGAGGAAAUUGAACAGCAGGAAGUGGAAACGUCGUACGCACAUAAUGCAAAGAUCAUCGAAAAACAGCUAGAGAGAAAAACGACUGCGCAGAAGCGGGC